GUUAUGGAGAUAAAAGAGCCCAAGGCUGAAAUAGAUAAAAAAGUUGAAAAGAAAAAUCCUAUUGAAACACCGGGUUCUUCUAAGACUGAAGCAUGGCUCAUUAUGAUGUGUUUGUAUAUGAAUUAGAUGCACCCAAGGUUAAUCAGCAAGAACCACAACAGAAAGAGUUAGAUCCCGAUGAAGAGCAGGCCAAAAUGGACGAAAACAUUGCUGAAAUUAGGGAGGUGUUUACUAUUUUCGACAAAGAAGGUAUCGGCAUGAUCAGUACCAAGGAACUGGGCAUGGUAAUGAAAGCUCUGGGUCAGAAUCCUACCGAAGCCGAAUUGCUGGAUAUUAUUGAGGAAGUGGACAUCGAUGGUAACGGUUUAAUCGACUUUGAGGAAUUUGUAGCGGCUAUGAAGAAGAUUAUGAAAGACUGUGAUAAUGAAGAUGAUAUCAAGGCAGCUUUUCGGGUUUUUGACAAAGAGGGUAAAGGUUAUAUCUCGUCAGAUGAUCUACGCGAUAUUAUUGUAAGCUUGGGAGAAAAAUUUACUCAAGAGGAGUACGACGAAAUGAUCAGAGCUGUUGAUUUGGAUGGUGACGGGCUAGUUACUUUAGAAGACUUUAUGGAACUCAUGUUGACCAAGGGCCCCGUCACAAAACAUAACAGUCCAUAUUAAAUUUAUUAAAAACUGAAAAUUGUAUAUGAAAUUCAGUCUUAAGUACGUAUAUCUAUUUAUAUUUUUUCUCUUGUAUAAAAUUGUCGUCUUUAUAUUAAUAUCUAUCUGAUAAAUAUUUAAUCCAUUUUUGGAAA